AUGAAGAAGGGAGUAUCGAAUUUCUAUGAGUUUCAUAGUUUUCUUGAUCCAGGAUGUCCGAUUACGCCAAUGGGUCCAUUUCGUGAUAAUAUUCGGUAUUUUCUUCAGGAAUGUGCUGAGGUUGAGGAGUAUACAGUUGAAGGAAUGCCAAUUUGGUGUACGUUUUUGAUUCAUAAGAGUAAAGGUGUGCUGAUUCCUCUUUACACCAUUGAAGAGAAUGUGAAGAGCUCUGUUAGAACUUUCUGUGAUCACUGUCGAUGUGCUGGUAUAGAGAGUCAGUUUCUGAUAGACCCUUGGUUCAACAAAAGCAAGUUGUGCAAAAUAAGGCUAUAUCCAUUUAACAGGAGGCAAGAGGCGCGGGAUGCUGCUCGUCUCCACAUUGGCGAUACAGGAUUGAUUGACUAUGUGCUGAAAUCAACGAACAAUGUGAUUAUUGGAGUCUAUGUAGUUCGACGUGCAGUGAACCGAGCCACGAGGGUGUUGGAGUACACGAUUCAGGAACUUCGGAAUUGUGAUCAGCCUGAACAAGAAAAGCUCCCCGAGCCAUUUCAGGACUAUGCUGUUAAUCCUGGAGCUGAUGCGUACACUGAUGUUUUAUGCUUGUAUAAUAAUCUUCUUCUGAGCUUCGCGGAAUCUGAUGAGUUAAGCCUGGCUGUUAGGAUAGUAUCAGACAGCAAGCAAUUUUUGAAGGAAUGGCCAUUUCGUGAUGAUCCAGAUGACAGCUUGUUGAGGUUCAUUUGUUGCAUUUUGCCAAAUUCUAAUGGUUUGGAAGCUGUAUUUUCAAAGGGAUAUCCCCCAGGAGAGGUGGUUGAAGUUCCGCUACACUCAACAAUUGGUGAUCUAAAGAUAGCAGUUGAGUCUGCAAUGAGGGACACUUACUGCAUUAUAGACAAUUUGAUGAUAACAGAUAUUGCAGGGAUGGAGCAACUGGAAGAUUAUGAAGUGCUCUUUGGCAUCGUCCAGUCUGGCUCAGAACUUUGGGUGAGGGGUUUCGGGUUGGAUUUGGACAGUGAGUUGAAAAAUGAAGGAGGGUCUGAUAACUGGACAGUGAACUGUAGGUGUGGUGCUCGGGAUGAUGAUGGUGAAAGGAUGGUUUCAUGUGAUAUAUGUGAGAUAUGGCAGCAUACUCGCUGCUGUGGCAUCGAAGAUUCUGAGGUUGUGCCACCAUUGUUUGUCUGUGAGGCUUGCUGCACUUCACUUGCACCACCAAGAGCACAGAACAGCUUUGAGUUUGCUCAUUAUGGGACUGCUGCAGCACUAGUGCCUUGUGCUUCUCACUUUGGCAUGGACCUGAUAUACUGA